GUGGCUGUGGGCGGUGCUUGUGACGCCGGUGUCGGUGAGGUGUACAUGACGCCAUUUUGACGUGACAGUGGUGCCACUAGCGGUGACAGAGAACCUCUCCAGAAGCUUCGUAACGAGUUCAGUUCACUCGAUAAGAGUAAAAAAACCGAGAGAAUGGGGAAUAUGUUUGCAAAUCUUUUUAAAGGCCUUUUUGGGAAGAAGGAGAUGAGGAUCCUGAUGGUGGGCCUGGACGCGGCCGGCAAAACCACUAUUCUGUACAAACUCAAACUGGGCGAGAUUGUCACCACCAUCCCCACGAUCGGCUUUAAUGUUGAAACAGUGGAGUAUAAGAACAUCAGUUUCACAGUGUGGGAUGUAGGUGGUCAAGACAAAAUCAGACCCCUUUGGAGACACUACUUUCAGAACACGCAAGGACUGAUCUUUGUGGUGGACAGCAACGACAGAGAGCGAGUAAAUGAAGCGAGGGAGGAACUGACCCGAAUGUUGGCAGAAGACGAGCUCCGUGAUGCUGUCCUCCUGGUUUUUGCAAACAAGCAGGACCUGCCCAAUGCAAUGAACGCAGCUGAGAUCACAGACAAGCUUGGGCUCCAUGCACUGCGCCAUCGCAACUGGUACAUCCAGGCCACGUGUGCGACGAGCGGCGACGGCCUGUAUGAGGGCCUCGACUGGCUAUCCAACCAGCUUAAGAACCAGAAAUGAACCAUUCCUGAAUCAUACCUGAAGAUCUGUGUGUGUCUCUGUGUGUGUGUUGGUGUGUGUAAGCGCGCAAGAUGUUGGCCUUGCCUAAACCUUGAUUGGUCUCGGUAUAUUUUUAUCCACAGAAAGAGAUUGUGUGUGUGUGUGUGUGUGUGCCUGUGUGUGUGUGUGUGUGCCUGUGUGUGUGUGUGUGUGUGUGUGCCUGUGUGUGUGUGUGCCUGUGUGUGUGCCUGUGUGUGUGUGUGCGUGUGCGUGUGCGUGCGUGCGGCGUGUGUGUGUGUGUACGUGCCAUUUUACCAACUCAAGUGUGUGUUGAACACCAGUGCAUCAUUUAGCACAAACCUCAAUGGUUCUCAAUAUCCUUUAGUCUUGCAUAAGGGUUUAGGAUUUGUUGUCUGGCGUUUGCAAAUGUUUGACUAAGCGUUUACUUAAAGUGUGUAUGAGGGAAAGAAUGCAUGUCUGCUUGGACCAUAGAUAUACAUAUUAUAACCCUACGUUUUACUUUAACAAGCAUCAGGCCACCAUUUAUUACACAUGUGCAUAUGAAAUUCUUCACAACAAUCCUUUUCAGUUUCAGUCAAAUUGCCACUCGUGAUUUUAGUUCCCAUUUAUUAGUUUGUCUUGGUGCUUGAAGCUCUGUCUAGCUGAUAGUGGUUCUUUUUGUAACAAAAAAAAAGAACAAUACAUGCUGGUCAGGCCACACCCACAAGUAUCAUCAGUCGCAGUUGUUAUACCCUCAUACCUUUUUUUUGUUACUUGCUAGUGUGAACGUAAGGUAAGAGGCAGAGAUAGAUGAUGAUGCCAUUCUGUGCCCCCUGUAAAAUGAACAGUUGUCUUUGGACAUGUAACUUAUUCCUAAAAGAACAUAAAUGCUUUGUUGCCUUUUUUUUUCCUGCAGCAGAAUGUUAUUUACUUGUUACAAGACAUUUUGCGUGCAGACUUUCUUAAAUUGCUGCAACCACUAAAAUGCUAGACAGAAUAUUAGCUUUUGCAUGUGUUGUCUCAGUCACUUUUUUUCUGUUUGCUACAUCAGCUUGAUGGAUUUAAUUAUUUAUUUGAUGAAGGUCAGUUAAGCACGUUAAGGAUCAGGAAAUAAUGGUCACGCACCAGACAUUGCUUUCUGAAGUAAAAUAAAGAAAUGUUGAAACGAUCGGCAUAUUCAGGGUGUCGGCGUUAGUAGUGUCAGCUGUCGAUGUUUUUAAUAUGUAUAUCUAUGGCUCAGAAAGAGGAUGGACCCCGGUGUGCCUUUCACACACCUCUGCACCAAAACAAUACGUUCAUGCACACACACACACACACACACUCCUUUUCUCUUUUUCCCCCCCAUUUUCAUAUGUGGAUUUCAGACAACAGAGAGGGCGACCUGCAUGGUGAUACUGCUCUUAACAUUGCCUCACUGAACAGUUCAAACGUUUCAAAAUGGUAGAUGUGUAUAAAGAAAAGCAGUUUGAUAUUUAUAAAUCUUUUUACUUUGUUACAUUCAUGUUCGGUGUGUUAUGUGGCUAAGUAUUUCAUCUGUACUUGAUUGCUGAUUGCCAAGCCUGUUAGCCUCGCUUAGCAUGCUAGAUAGCCAGUAAGUUGUUUUGAAGACUAUAUAGACUAAUGAAUGGACAUAAUAAUGUUUUUUGAAACUGUAUAAUCAAAACUUUAUUUUUAAGCAAACCUGGCUCAGCAUGCGACAGUCGUGUGUCAUAAAAGGGCGUGCUAAAAGCAGUAUUGAUGAGCAGGAUUGUUGUUUGGUUCUCUGCAAUAACUCAUACAAAUUUGCCAACAGUGUUGGAGGCAUGUUAAUUAUGGGCCAGAUGUUCUUUUCUAUGGGUGCACUUUUAUUCUAUUUAAAUAAUGAAGAAAAAUCAGCCCUGGUGUGUGUUGCAGAGCAGAAAUGGCAUUGUAACCUGUAUCAGGUUGGGAAGAUCCUUUUCCAUCCUUGAUUUGUCCUUUACAUCAUUUGAAAGUUUUUUUUUUUUUUUUUUUGUAUUUAGUUUUUUGUUUGUUUUUUUUUUUUUUUUUUCUCCCCUCUCCUCUCAUUUUCCAGUUUGGUUUUCAGUCCUGAACAGGUGUAGGAUAGAGACGAGACGGAAGAGUGUGUCUGGGUUCUUGACUGUACACUACCUUUCAACCAAGCACAAUCACAGUACAUUCCCGCCACUUGCUUGUACUUUUGGAGUUGAUUUAAAUUAAAAACCCUUCAAUCGUC